CGUACCAAUACGGUGUAUGUACUAAUAACGUAUGCCUACAGUACGCACGUACGUGGUAGCUACGGUACUGAUACGUUUAGUACGACAUACGCUCACCAUACUAGUUCCGUGGAAGUACAUUGUUAUCUGGGUAGUUUUGUGAUUACGAGAAUUAUCCGAGGUUUCUUAUACCUUUUCUUUCCCUUCUUUCUCUUUUUUUAUGUCUUUACCUGUCUCGAAAUAUAAUAUAAUAUUUUCUAUUAAAAUGGUGUGUAUUAAUUUUUCUGCAAAAUAUAGGCUGCGUCCACUUGAUGCUACAAAUGCUUUAAAAGCAUUCUUCUUCUUUCUUUAUUAAUAAGGAGAAGAAUGCUUCGAAGCAUUUAUAGUAUCAAGUGGACCACAGCCAAAUUGAUGAAUAUAGUAUUAAAUUUUUAUUUUCGCAAAAAUUCAUAUAUGCGUACACGAUGCCGACAUUUUGACAGGCAAUAUGCUAGCAUGCUACCUGCAUUACCUGUUAAGCACUAUGUGUCGUCACUAUGCUCGUCAGGUGCGGCUGCAGCUGGACAUCACAUGACAGCACGCCAUUGCACACGUGCAUGCAUUAUGCGGUCAUCGUGCAAACAUUUGGUUAUCUGGGUGAAUAUAAUGCCUGCACCAGCCUUUUACCAUGAGAGAUGGAUUACCGACUGCAAUUUUAGUUCACCGAACGGCACAAGAGGGCAGCUGCUUAGAUCUCAGGGAUGUUGCAGGCAAGUUGAAAACUUGUUCCACUUACAGAUAUCAAGCGGAGAAAAAUAAUUUGCUAGCACAGUAUAUCUCAUGUAAACUUAAGUAAAUUUUGUCUUUUAUUUUAUGAUAAAGUUAU